AUGCAGCCCCCUAUCUGCAGCUACAGCCACCGCAACAACCCUCAUCCACAGCUACAGCCACCGCACACAGCCCCCUCCUGCAGCUACAGCCACCGCAACAACCCUCAUCCACAGCUACAGCCACCGCACACAGCCCCCUCCUGCAGCUACAGCCACCGCAACAACCCUCAUCCACAGCUACAGCCACCGCACACAGCCCCCUCCUGCAGCUACAGCCACCGCAACAACCCUCAUCCACAGCUACAGCCACCGCACACAGCCCCCUCCUGCAGCUACAGCCACCGCAACAACCCUCAUCCACAGCUACAGCCACCGCACACAGCCCCCUCCUGCAGCUACAGCCACCGCAACAACCCUCAUCCACAGCUACAGCCACCGCACACAGCCCCCUCCUGCAGCUACAGCCACCGCAACAACCCUCAUCCACAGCUACAGCCACCGCACACAGCCCCCUCCUGCAGCUACAGCCACCGCAACAACCCUCAUCCACAGCUACAGCCACCGCACACAGCCCCCUCCUGCAGCUACAGCCACCGCAACAACCCUCAUCCACAGCUACAGCCACCGCACACAGCCCCCUCCUGCAGCUACAGCCACCGCAACAACCCUCAUCCACAGCUACAGCCACCGCACACAGCCCCCUCCUGCAGCUACAGCCACCGCAACAACCCUCAUCCGCAGCUACAGCCACCGCAUGCAGCCCCCUAUCUGCAGCUACAGCCACGGCAACAACCCCCACCCGCAGCUACACCCACCGCAACUACCCUCAUCCGCACCUACAGCCACCGCAACUAG